GACGCCGCAGUGGUGCUAUAGAAACAGCGGCGUAUGAAAGUGACGCUUUGGCUUUAACUAGUGCCGCCGGUUAGUUCGUUUACGAGCAGAAUACACUAUUUUAUUUAUUUUUUUCAUAUAACGAGCCAGUCAACCGACUACACACCCCACCGGUCAGUUGGUUGGCACAUUGUGUGAUGUUUUGUGCAGCGGUGGGUGCGCCAUGACUUGCCGCUACGAGAGUGAAUACCGUAGGCAGUAUGGAAAAUCUUGUGGAAGGAUUCCGUCUUCUGACUGCUACGCCCCAAUGGCUGGCCUUUGCUCCAGUUACUUGGGUUUUGGUAGAGAGCCAGACCUGCAGCGUCGAAGAAGGUUUGAUGCUGGAGCUCUGGCACGGUCCUACGCCUCCAUCUAUCGUUCUUCAGAUCCGCAGCACCACCCGUACCAAGCCACCGCUCCGAGAACCACGUGGCCAUCAAGCAGACACUAUGACCACGACCAAUCAUAUGGUCGAUACACCACCACCAACGGCACAAAACCCUUCACACCCAGAGAGGAACUUGAGUCUCCUGAGCGGCAUGAGCCCACAACUGGGCCACAACAGGAUGCAGAACCAGAAAUGCCACUGGUGGAAGGACCACCGGUUGAACCACAACGACCGAAGAGCGAAAGAGAAGCAGCACAAAUCGGGUCGGCGGGAAAGUUGACAAAAACAUCAACACUUGCCAAGUCCUACUCUCCCCAUCCUGUCUGCCAGUCAGAGACAGGCCGACCCCCUCCAGCUGCAGCACCGCCAUAUCAAGCACAGCAGUUGAUCACUCAGGACAAGAAUGCUUUGAGCCGGCGGGUGGCGCUCAAGUCUCCACAUCAUAGGCCAACAGUUCCCAAGACAGAGUACCACAAACAGUUUAGUUGGAAGAAACCAGUGUCGCCAACGCCGAUACAGGUUGCAGAGCAGUCUUUGUACACUGGCGUCAGGUCGGCCGUUCCAUUCCAGCAAAACCCGGUUUCAAUGGAAACAGAAUAUCAGUGCAGCUACCAGUACAUUGAACCUCCCGCAGGACCACGGCUACGGAAACAUGUGGAGCAGCCAGCUCCUAUUUUUCACACGUACAGGAAGACUAAAAAAAAGGAGAAGAAGCUUGGACCGUCAGGUGACGGGCCAUCCUCACCUUCACCACCAAAGCCAGAGCCCAGAACAGAGUAUGAGGCCAACUAUUACUUGCCAGAACGGGGUGGAACCACAUCUGGAUACAUCCCUCAGGCAUCAGACUUGCGUCAACAAGCCUGGUCAUACCGUCUGCGAGCCUGGGGGGAGAACUUCUCUAGGCAGCACCUGGGCCAGCUCCAUUCUCAAAACACUAUUCACUGGGAGGACAAUGAUGACGACUACCCCCCCACACAGUACCUGACAGUGGAACCGUGUCAGCAGAGGGAGGGACACAGAAUGCCCAGUGUGGAGCCUCUAGAUCUGCCAAGUGAUUCCGCCUACUCCAGUAAAAGGUCUUCGGCACACGCCACCGGAGGUCCUCCAGCUGAAAUACCACAAGCAUGGGAACCAGAGAAGAGGGGGCAAGAAGUAGUAGAAGUAGAAGAAGAAAAUACAGACGAAAGGGAAGGCAGGCUACAUGCUCCGCUGAUGACGACGAGAACAUCUCAUAGGACUCACCAUGACCUGACCACACCGGUCACUGGAGGCGCCAUGCUGGUGAGAAAACUGCCGAUCAGCUCCACUGCAGCUGAGGCGUCGGCCAGAAGAAAAGAGGCUUGGUCCAACAAUCCCCAUUACCCUCCCCCCGCAGACCACAGGUCAAUCUGUAAACCAGCCAGGGUUAGGUAUACUCCUCCAUCCCAAGAGCUACGACCUCCAGUGCACGGAAUACAGGGAAUGUUGAGGAAGCCCGACUUUCUGCACAACGGUGAUCACGGGGUCAGGCAGUGUCAGUUUAUGAGGAAAGCCGGUGAAUGUGAAGAGGAUGAGCAUUUCUCGAGGAUGUCAUGGUGCUCCGCAGCCUCGUGUUCCGCUGCGUCGGCUAUCUUGGAGCGUGCUCAGAAAAGACGGGAGGACUUUUGGGGGAAAAGAUGACCAUCGAACCUUUAGCUUUCCUCUAUUCAUUUAGUUUAAUAAUGCUAUUUAAUAUUUUUAGUUUUAAAAGACAAUUUUUAACAAUUUGGCGAAAACUGUUUAUAUAUAUAUAUAUAUAAAGUGUUAUAGUUUUAUAUUGUUUAUGCCAGUUUAGUUAAAGGAGCAGUUAAACUAUUUUUUAUGGCUUUCAAAAUUAUGGCUUUUCGAUUAAUCAGGGGACAUUUUUAAUUGCAUUUAAGUGGAUGAACAGAAUGAUGCAGGGCUGUAUAUCCAAUAAUACACUGUCCAUUCACUUAUUGCUGUAAUACACACUCAAUACACACAAAUUGUCAUUUUUUGUAAAUGUAACACAGCCUGCCUGUGUUUGCGGAGGCUUCAUAUUCAGGUCAGACACCAGGCUUGCGUCAGACCAACCUCACUGAGCCCACGGCUGACGAUCUGACUGAAACAAUUGUCAAAUAGAUUGCGAGGUUUUGAUACAUGGAUUAAUGUUGCUAAGGAUACUCGCUGAAGUUUUGAAAGAAACCCUUGCUGUAAAAAAA